AGCACUUCUAGUCUUUAGUCUGAUUGAGUAGCGUGACGUGUGUGGUACGAAAUUCGCAUGUGAAAUUGCUUCAACGCCAGUAGAAAUGAAGCGUUUGAAUGAAGUGUUGCAUAAAAUUUCAUACGCAAAGUAAGCAUACAGUUUAAAAAGUGCCGUUUUCGUAUUGGAAAAAUGUGUACAAUUUUUCGAAAAUAAAGUGUUUUGAAAAAAAGUGAUUUCGAAAAUUUGUUUUUGAAAAAAUUUCAAAUUACGAAAAACAAAAAAUAAAUGAAAGAAAAAGUGCAAAAACCUGUUGUAACUGUGAGUUAAAGUUUUUCGAAAAAAAAAAAUGAAAAAAUAAAGUUUUCUAAAAUCUCUAGUGACUUUGUGUUAAAUAAAAAGAAUCAAAUCAAACAACAACAACAAACCUUAAACAACACCUGUGCAUAAAUCUUUAAACACCGCAUUCUUCAACCAUUUGUGGCCGUUCUACAAGUCGCUUUAAAGCCAGAACUCGCGGUGUGUUUGCAGACAGCAUAAAAAAUACAAUAAAAGUAGCAACAACAACUGCUAAAUCAAUGACAAGUGCAGACAUAUUUUUUCUCUCCAUGCAACACGUCAUUUGUGCUGCAUUCCUGCGCAUACAAAGAGUGCAUUUAAGAAAAUAACAACAACAAUUGCAACAAAUAUUGCAAGCUUUGUGCAAAACGUGCGUGCCGUGCCGCCUAUCAAGUGAAAUCGCCUUAAGCCCGGCAAGCUUAACACCGCAAGUGGAUUACGCAUUGGAAAAAUAAGCAAAGAAUAAAAAUUAAAACAACAACAACAAGUGAAAAUAAAUCACAAAAACAAAAGCAAAUCAAUACAGUGCAAACAAAAGGGAUAUUGUGGCAUAAUAAUUGCGAAUAAUAAAACAAAAAAUAAUUAUAUGCAUAUCUGCACAUAGCACAGCAUAGCAUAGCCAGAUAAUUUACACUUGUGCCACUGCACAACGCUUUCGUUACGGAUAUUGCCACAUAGCACGACCUUGUGGAUUAUUGUGUUUGUGACUUUGUGUGCAGUGCAUUGCAGUGCAAGCGGAUCAUUGCAACAACAACAACAACAGCAACAUCGUGUUGUUGCUUACAUAAACACUGAGUUGCCGCGUAAUAAUUUUGCUACGUUAAUUGAAAUAGUUGCACAAUUCUUUGGCGUAAUUAUUUAUUGGAUUUCAACGAGAACUCUCUGUUGCUGUACUCAACACAUACAUACAUAUAUACACUGUAUUGUUCAACGGAUAAUAUAAAAGGUAAAUUUCUAAACAAAAAUACCGCAUGGACUUCACUUUCAAAAUUUCAAAUUUAACAAAUAUUUCUGUCAUUGCAAUUUAAUUUGACGUGUACAUGCUACAAACGUCAAGAUGUUGAAACACGUACAAAUCUCACCGCUUCGCAAUCGCUCCGAUUCGGUUUCACUACGUUCAUCCUGCGCUUCAUCGAUAUGUGGCAGCCCGGAGCCGCCAACUGAGCUGCAGCGUACGCCCUCACGCGCAUCCAGUUAUUCAAGCUUGAGUGAACAAUUGCCACAGACGACCAUCAAAGUUUUUACGAAUUGUCUAAAAAUCGAUAUCGAAUAUAAAACACUUGGCAUACAAUGGGACACCACCAGCAAGGAAGUCAUUACACAGCUGCUUAGACGUCUCAAAAUGCGUCAUCGCGAUCCACGUCUCUUCUAUCUCUCUAUGGAAGUAUCAGUGCGACGUGCUGGUGUUAAGACUAUACUUGUGUUGGACGAUGAUACACGACCGGCUAUAUUACAAGCUUGCCACCCGAAAGGCGAGUCAAGAUUCUGCUUGCAAUUAAAACCAGGUGGUUUGAUACGCGUACAUACCUCAGCGCUACAACCCUCGUCACAGUAUAAAUCUUUGGUUAUCUCCGAAGAAACAACAUCGGAUGAGCUACUGCAACUGCUGCUCUCAUGCUACAACUCCAUGGAACCCGUUGAACAAUUCUCUAUAUACGAAGUCUGUCCCGGUCAGGAAUAUCAACGCAAGCUGCAUCCCGACGACAUACCGCUGCGUGCUCAAUCCGAACGCAUGCGUCGUGGUGAAACCUGUCAUUUUCUCGUACGUCGCAAUCCGAACUACAGUCGUCGUCGCCAAUUGUUAGCGACACUCAAUGGUCUAACCAGCAGCAGCAGCACUAACAACACCAACAGUAAUAAGUCUUUUGACGCGAAUAGCACCGUUUCCUCUUUGGAAGAUGACAGCAGUCUACUUGAUAUCUCUAUAGAGUCACUCACUGACGAUAUACACAGUUUAAUGGCGAGCGAUGAAGAUGAAGAUGGCGCCUCAUCCACCUCUGGCUCAUCGGACACAUCCUCUGAGGGUUCAACCGGUAUGCGACGCACACCUUCCACACUCUCUGUUGUACCGUUACAACCGCAAUUGAAGACAAAAGCCGCCGCCACCGAUGUGUGUCCGAAGUGCCGCAAUACAUUUAAAUCAUGCGAAUUUUGUCAUAAAAAUUCGUCAAUGAUCUUGCAACUGCAGCGUUCGAACAGCACCUCGAGUGGUAGUAGUUGUUCGACAACUAAAGCUCUACAAAUGCAUCUGCCCAGCUAUAGUCCCGUUUAUAAUAUACGUGAAAUACGCACAGCGACGCAUAGUUUCUCAGCGCUGGGCAAUGAUAAGAAGUUGCUGGAUAUACAGUUGAAUGGACGCUUCGACACGAGCGCUUGCACGCGACUACGUCCACAAAGCGUUUGCGUGACGCGCUCCACGCGCAUGCUCACCGACGGCAAUGGCAACAGCAAUGCAGUAGAGAGCGCGACGUCAGUGCAGAGCACAAAUGAUUUGAAUGGCAAUAAUGUUGUGGCUGCUACGUCUUCGAUGUCCGCGGCAGCGUCUACAGUUGGCGGCGAGAUGGUCAACAAUCAUCCAGCAAAGGGUGUGGGGCAUUUCGUUUAUUUGUAGAUAGAUAGCGCUUGGGUUAAAGUGUGUGUGGAGUUGCAUUAUUUGUUCUUCACAUAGGCUAGUCAACGAAAAGAAAGUUAAAGCGUUCGGAAUUUAAUUUUUUUUUUGCGUUAAGUGUGUAAACUGAACAAUUUGAGUUGCGUCAGCGAGACGUUGUAGAGAGCAGCUGAUAAUGUGAGAGUAGGAAUAAUGAGAGACUGUGCGAGCGAUAUAUUGAUGAGUUGAAAAUCUGAGGUCGAAGGUUACUUGAUAGAUUUAUUUGAGAGUCGAUUCAGACGCAUUAAAAAAUAUUAAAAAUUGUAUUAAAAUGUAAUGAAAUAUUUAAUGAAAA